GCAACAUAUAGGCAGGGGGAAAUGUGCCUUACAAGAUUGUUGUUGGGAGAAUUAAUCAAUGAAGACAUCCAGACCUGGAAUUCUCUAUGUCGGUAUUGAAAGUUCCAGUAAUUCCCCCUGAUUGUUAAGCUUCUCUGGUUGUCAAAGCCAAAUGUUAUGGCGAGAAGUAAACAUCAGAAUGUAUGAUAAUUCCAUAUCAAUCAGUGAAUCAAGCAAAAAAUUAUGGAAUCAAAAUUACUUUACUUUGACAUUUCCCAAACCACUCCAGCCAGGUAGAAAAAAGAGAUCAAGACCUUCAGAAUUACAAAUCUCAGUUCCCAGACAUGAAAAAAGAAAAUUAAAGGAAGUUGAGAAGCCAGCUCAUAUAAGGCAUUCUUUAAAAAAAAAAUACAAAAGGCCAUCUGUUAAUUUAACAGUAAGGAGACAGGCUCCAUUCAGAAAUCCUUAUACUCCUAAAAACUAUCCUGAAAAUGGAGAAUCCAAAAAGUCAAAAGAUGACAAAAACGGAAGAACUUUGCAAAGAAUUUCCAAGGAAAACAAAGAAUCCAAAACAGUAAACAAUGAGGAACCUGAAAGAGGAAAUAAAACAGGUAAAAGCCUAUCAAAAUUAUCAUAUAAAAGUGAACUAUCUGAAGACUCAAAGUCGAAAUUGGAAACAAAUCCAGAAUCCAGAGAUUUUAAGACAGUCUCAAUGGAUCCAAAAAAUGAUAAGAGAGAUUCAAAGAAUUAUAAGGAGACAGAUAAUGAAUACCUAUGUGCAAAGAAACAUUCCAAGGACUCCAAAAGCAAUUCUGAUGUCCAAUCACAGGCUUGCUUAAAAAAUAGUUUAAAUAUGGAUUUCAUAUUGUAUUUUGAGGAGUCUGGUACUGAAUCCAUAAAAUUGGAUAUAUGGUUAAAUAAUUACUCUCAGAAUAAUUCAAAGAAGUCUUCAAAGAAGGACACAAAAAAGGAUGCAAAGAAGAGCUCUGAUGCUGAAUCUGCAGAUUCAAAAGAUGCAAAGAAAAAUGCAAAGAAAUAUAAGAAAAGUACCAAAACAGACAGCAAGAAGAAAGAUGCAAAGAAAUACACAGAGUCUACUGAUGCAGAAUCUGUAGAAACAAAGGAAGGAAAGAAAGAUUCAAAGAAGGCUAAGAAAGAUUCAAUGAAAAAUUAUAAGAAAAAAGAUACAAAGAAGGAUGCAGUGUAUACUGAUGCUGAAUCUGAGUCUGAACUGGAGACAAAAAAUUGGAAGAAAGGUGAAAAGCAGGUUAAGAAAGAUUCAAAGAAAAAUGACAAGAAAAUGCCCACCAAGAAGGAUGUGGUGUCUACUGAUGCUGAUUCUGAAUCUGAAUGGGGUUCAAAAAAGGGUAAAAAAGAUGUAAAAAGGGAUAAGAGAAGUUCAAAGAAAGAUUACAGAAGUAAGUCUGCAAUGAAGUCUGAAGAGUCUACUGAAACUGAAUCUGAUUGGGAGUCAAAGAAAGAUAAGUAUGAUUCAAAGAAAGCUAACAGAGAUUCGAAGAAAGAUGCCAAGAAACAGGAUGCAGGGAAAAGUAUAGAGUCUACUGAUGCUGAAUCUGAUGAGUCUUUCAAGAAAGACUCAAAGAAAUCAUUCAAAAGUUCAGAUGCUGAAUGUGAAGACUUACUAUGUAAACUUGAGGCUAAAAAGAAAAGACUUGAUGAAUCAGAUGCCACAUCUACAGAUUCAAAGAAGGAAGCCCUAGAACUAAAGAGAGAAAUCAAAAUUUCAUCCAAAAAGACUACAUUCAAAGGAAAAGAGGGGGAAGUAGGUAUAGGCAGAGUUCCCCCAUCAAGAGAAAAACCACCACUACUUUCUUGUGAGCCUUUACUACCAUCAACCAAGGUCAAACGUUCCUGUCAGUGCAACAUGCCUCCUCCACCUCUAAAACCAAGAUAUGCUCCUUUGCCUGAAGCAAAGUGGAUUCAUAAGCUGCUUUAAAAAAUACAACUGAGCACUUGGUUUCACAGAAUGGCCUUACCACAGUGAACACUGGCUACUCCCAAAUGAGCAAUUCUACUUCUGUGGAACUGUAAUAAAUAAAAACAAGUCUUCCAUGAG